AUGAAAAAUAUCAAGGCAUUGGAUCAGGUAAACUGUGACAUGAUAGCUGAACUCCUGUCUCUUCCUCCUUGGAAGGUUCCAGUAGCAGCAUAUGUUUGCAAGAGAUGUUUUAAGAAAAAUGUUGGAUUCAAUGGAACUGUUUUUGUUGCUGGUGAUACAGUAAUUGUUGCAGUUGAUGGACAAGAAAUUGUAAUUCAACUUCAAGAAUUUCUGUCUGUCAAUGGUGGUGAUAAUUUAUACAGUCUUUUAGCCCAAGGAAUUUGUUAUCCAAUUCAGCUAAAAGACAAUGGCAGUGCCGACACAAACUAUUGGAGUGGGUUUGUCAAGGUUAAAUGCCAGCCGCUUCACAAUUCAAUGAUUUUUCAUGUAAAAGGAUAUUCGCAGGAAAGUAAUUCUUUACCCCUCAUGUCAUGACAAUCUGUUGACUGUAGUCGACUAUAUGCGACAUUUGAGGUGCUUUCCAUAUGAAUUAGUCAUACCUGUCUAUCCUAAAGUUGGUGACAUGGUACUCAUUCAAGGCAAAUCUAAUGAAGAUAUCUGGCAUGGUCACAUCCAAAGUGUUGAUCUUUUAGCCAAGAUGGUGGAUUUGUUUUUCUAUAUUCCCAGUUUCAGAAAUCAUCAAGAUGACAUUUAUGUUAGAGAGACUCGUGGUAGGGGUGCAAGAAACACUGUGCAUUGGCAAUCAAUAAUUGGUAUUGCCGAAGGGCAUUGGAAUAACCCUUCUACAUGGGUAAAGAAGGUAUAA